CUCUGCUGUUGAAUCACCAGUUGCUUUAUUAAGUGAUGCGAUGAUAGAGGAACAAAACUUUGCCCCGACUGUCUUUAUAGAUGUUGUUUCCUACCAGUAUAGAAAUGAUCUCAUUAAUAAUACAAACAUUGUGGGAAUCUCGUCAUCAAAUGCUUUUUCCGGGAUUGAAAAAGAUAUAAAAUAAGUCGUCAUUUUGUACGUCAAAUUGCGGACGAUAAGGAGGAGUUUCCUGGGAUCGACGAGAGACAGCAGUGUACUUGGGUCGAGGUGCUCCCACUGUUAAUCAGUGUCCACUUACAUCAAAACGGGAGUUACUAGUAACUUGCUAAUCAACCGAUUUGCAGAAUAAUACUAGAAAACAUGGGAGCCCUUGUAACUUUGAUUUUCCUGACAACCUUCAGCCUGACAUUAGGUCAAUUGAUUGUCCCACAAGAUAUAACUAUCGAACAACAACAGGGAACAUUGUCAGGGUUAACCCAGUUUGGGGCCAAAGGUUCUGGUGUAAUCAACGGUCUUGCUUCGCCGCAGGAAUUAUUAGUCGCGAGUCUGGCUCCAAGCCAUCACGAAAGUCGAAAGAGCAACACCAUAAAAAAAAAGUUUCCGGUUGCGCCGACGUCAGAUUUACUUGGUGUUGCCGACGUUCAAAAACCGAAGGAAGUGACUAAUCAAGGUAAGCCACCGGACCUAAUUAACAAACAAAAGUUUUCACCUCUGCCGUUAGGUGUCGACUUUCUGGGCACUUCUAUAUCAUCCCAGGAAAUUAUAGAAAUGACGAGCCGAGGUGAUAAGAAAGGCCAAGGUCUCGUGGCUCCAAGGAGCUGGAAGAACCUAGUUAAGUCGAAUCCAAGGCAAGUUGGAGACCGAUUUGACAUUGUCAUCGAAAAACGUAUGAAUGGUAAUGAGUUGUCUCCUAGUGCAAAGAAUUCAAAACCGAAGGAAAUUAGACCCAUAAAAGAUGUGCCAAUUAACAAUGCGAAAAGUUUUCUUCAUGAACCGGAACUCCCAUGGCUAAAUGCAGCAGUGGAACUUACUCCCGAACAUACAUGGACGGAAAACACAAUAGUGCGCUCUAGUAUAGGACCCAUGGAGAUGGCUGAGAUUUCGACAAAUGCGGUGAAAGUGCGCAAGGCCAAAUUAAAUUCAAAUGUGAAUGAAAUUAUGAAGACUACAGCUUCAAAUGCAUUAUACGCAAGCAGUACUCCAAAUCCUGUUGCUGCUAUGAAUUCGAAUACGGAAACACACGUUACAAACAGCUUCCAUCUUAAAACGACCAACAAGAAACCAGUAGCGCCUAGUGCAGUGGGAUGGACAUCAUGGGUGGAACCUGUUGCAACCGCGACUUCCCCGGCAUGGUUUGAAGGUCAGCAAACUGUUCCAGACAUAACAACGGAUGGGAAAUUGAUAACUGGAUCAGAGGUGAACUCCUUAUACAGUCCAACUGAAGUUACAUUAACAAAAGAAAAGAAAACAACACCCAAACCUGUCAUCAAUGAUCUUCCUGUGGAACUCCCAACAGCAAAUGUAUUACAAAAACCGAAAUCAAAGGGAUUCUUUGCAAGUUGGAGUCCGUGGACAGGUACACAUGAGCAAACUACUCAUCAAAAUGUGGCAUUUACCGACAGCAUCAACACUGGUCAACAGGAAACUGUACCAAUGUCUCCCGUUACUUCCUCAACAAUUCUAAGAAAUGCAGAAAACGCACAUAAGGAUAUUAACUCAGAUCUAGGCAAUCAAAUCUUCAUUCGAGAACAAGUCAAAAACGUGCAAAAUACAGAGAACGUUAAGCAAGGCAUCAACUCGGAUCUAGACAAUCAAUUAACCAAUCAUCGAGAACUAGUCAAUUAUGUGCAAAAUACAGAAAUCGCAAACCAAGAUAUUAACUCCGAUCUAGGGAAUCAUAUGGUCGAUCGAGAACUAGCCAAUAAGGUGCAAAAUGCUAAAUUCGCAAACCAAGGUAUCAACUCGGAUCUAGGCAAUCAAAUGGUUAAUCGAGAACUAGGCAAUAACGUGCAAAGUACUGAAAACGCAAAUCCAGGUAUCAAUUUAAAUCUAGGCAAUCAAAUAGUCAAUCGAGAACUAGUCAAUAACGUGCACAAUACUGAAAACGCAAAUCCAGGUAUCAACUCAGAUCUAGGCAAUCAAAUAGUCAAUCAGGAACUAGCCAAUAUCGUGCAAAAUACUGAAAAAACAAACCAAGGUAUCAACUCGGAUCUCGGCAAUCAAAUAGUCAAUCGAGAACUAGUCAAUAACGUGCACAAUACUGAAAACGCAAAUCCAGGUAUCAACUCAGAUCUAGACAAUCAAAUAGUCAAUCAGGAACUAGCCAAUAUCGUGCAAAAUACUGAAAAAACAAACCAAGGUAUCAACUCGGAUCUCGAAAAUAAAAUAGUCAAUCGAGAAUUAGUCAAUAACGUGCACAAUACUGAAAACGCAAAUCCAGGUAUCAACUCAGAUCUAGGCAAUCAAACAGUCAAUCAGGAACUAGCCAAUAUCGUGCAAAAUACUGAAAAAACAAACAAAGGUAUCAACUCGGAUCUCGACAAUCAAAUAGUCAAUCAAGAAUUAGUCAAUAACGUGGCGAACGCUGCACCAGACAAGCAAAUAGUCAGUUAUGCAGACAUCGAAAACGUGGUCAAAAACUUAGCAGGAAAAGAGACUGCAAACCCUGAACUACUCAAUGAAGUGUUAACUGCUAAAACAGGUAGACAAGAAGUCAAUACUGAAGUAGUUAAACAAGCUGUUAGUACAGUACUAGAGGCAAAAUCUACUAAGCUAGAAGUUGCAAACCAGGCAACAGCAUCAAAGAUUUUGGAGUCUUUGGACAUGUUGAAUUCUAAUACACUCCCUUCAGACGUACUUAAAGGUGUUAGAGAACCGAAACAUUCAAAGUCGAAAUCGCCAUUCGAUACUUUGAACACAUCGCAAAAGAAGGCUGAACAGUCAGCAAACACAACAAACGAAAUUGUAAAAGGAAACAUCACUGAAGAAAUAACAAUGUCUCCCGCAUCAAACUUUGAUCCCAUCCUUCUUCCACCGGCGAUAUCGGCUGGAGCCAGACAUGGAUUUCAGCAAGAGGAAAAUGGGCAAAGCUCGAAUGUACAAUUUGGAGUUUCAUAUUCACACUUGGGAACAUCAUCAAAUACUGCACUAGAUCAUAACGAACUGACAGGAAGUCUCCCUAGUUUAGGAAGAUCUGGUGAAUCUCAUCCAAAACGUCGCUUUUUUGUUUCUCCUAGUCCAUCGGACCUUAUUCCACCACAAGAACAUCUGCAUGAAGGCAUCCUUUUCCCAAUUGAACCGCACUUUCCUUCUGCGAUGCUUGACAAGAAACAUUCUACGUCCUAUAAUUUUGCCAACGUAAACCAAAACCUGGAUCAAGGAACAAUUCACUCCCUUUCACAUAAAGGACAUGUUGAUAUGAUCAAUCCUCUAACAGGACAUAAGGAUAUUACGUCAGAAAAGGUUCCGUUACAGCCACAAACUACUGGUAAUUCCCUAGACAAAAUGCACAGCACAAAUACUAUAAAAUCUAGGAAGAAUGCAAAUAGUAUUUGGAACACUAGAUCAGAAAUAACUGACUCAAAUCCCGCUGAAUUCGUCCGCUCCGAUAAGUUGGCAACUUCUAAGGAUGAAGCAAAAGAACGCAAUGUACUGUUGGAGCAGAUAAGAGAAGCAUUGUUCAAUCUUAACGGAAAUACAGCUAUAAUGAAACCAUUAGACGGGAUGAAUCUUCUACCGAAUGAUCCUGGGUUGACGCAUGCGCUUAUAGGAAGUGUAAAUGGUUUUGCUAAUAUUCCAAGAACAGUUUUAGGAAACACGGUUACAACUGAUGUUGGAGUAAGCGCUAGCAAAAGAGCUGAUAACCACGACCACCACCACUCAUUGGAGAAACAUAUAGACAAGAGUCUGUUUAACGAUCAUAACAGUUUCCACAGAGAGCACAGCCUAACAGAUCUCUCUGGUCAUAUCACAUUAGACGAAAAGGCCAUCCGACAAAAGCUGCUAUCUCCUGAUACAAGUUCGACUUUUAAUCAUUUUCCUUCACACGAGGGACACAAUACACACGCUUCUUUCCACAGAAAUCAGAUGGGACUGACUGAUUCACUCAGUAGGGCAGAUGUGGAUUUAUCUCAGGAUCUUUCGAAUAGUCCUAUGCUAAAUACCCCUAUUACAAUACGAAAUAUGCAAAGACAUAUAGAGGAAACAAAUAGAGAAAGUGCAAAGCUACGUUUCUUUACGAAUCCUAAAAAUUCGGAAAAUUUUAUAAAUCGUAAAAACGAUCCAAAAUCCAAAAGGAAAGAAGAGCGAAAUAAACAAAAGGAGGUGGAAAAAUCUCAACAGCCAACAACAACCCAAAUUCCGUCGACAAAACCAACCGAGGAAAACGGGAUCUUCAUCAAUAAUAAUUCCAUCUUUUUCGAUCCAGACACGAAUAGACCAGUUGAUCCAUUCAAUAACGUUUCCUCGGAUGUUCUCCGAAACGCUCAUCAUGCCUGGGAAGACGCUGUUGCAAAUGUUAAAACACAUAUUGAUCCUAUUCCUGAAAUAGCUGCAGUGGUCGGUGACAAGAAAAAUGCAAUUCGCGUUGGAUCUGUUUCCGCUUUUCGCGUUGGGGAAAUACCACCUUCAUUAAAUCAACCUCAACCACCACAAGACCCAAAUGCUGCUUUUCAUUUUCUUGAUCCUGUCACAAAUGAUGUAGUACCUAUUGCUGCAUUACCGGAUGUUUCAUCUAACAACAAUGCGCAGGAACCGAACCCUCACCAGCCCCAUGUUCCUGAUAUCAGUCAAAUGUUUGGCCAUGCCUUGUCUAAUGGAGCAAAACCUACCAUUCCUUUUAUCAAUCCCAUGGCAUCUGCAGGUGACAUGAAUAGUGAGGAUGGUUUUUUUGUUGGGCCUAUUUUGUUUGGUCCUGUCGAGGAUCCACCUCCUAAUGGAGAAAUCGAAAUUAGUGGACCCGUCCUAGCAAUGGGGAUAUCUCCUGGAGAUAAUACAAAUGGAAACCAUGGGCCUCAGGGCAUUGAUAUGAAAAAAAUUCUUCAAGGAAUUUUCAAAAACAAUAAUAAUCAGCAACACAAAACUAAGAUAAAUACUUUUAACUCUCCUUUUUCUUCAAUUGACGGAUCGUCAAAUCGAACUGCAAGUAAAUUGACACAUGCCAAUGGUUCAAAACCUAAAACGAUUAAGCCAGUAUCCUUAGGACGCCAUGAUAUCAAUCCAUUACAACAGAUGUUAGGUGGAUCAAAACAGACGAGCAUGCUUCCGUCUACGCAUUUCCCAGUAGAUUCCAGUUUAGGACAUAGAACAUCGACUCACACAAGUAAGCAAAGGUUGCAUGCCCCACACGAUCCGGAUACACAGCCUAGAAAAGGAAUUUCAAAGAAAUUAUGGAAUGCUUUGGUAAAUAUUCUGAAGGCAAAUAAGAGGAAAGAGUUUUUAUCAAAACAAAAAGUCAGCACCAGUUUCCAAAAAUCUUUUCCAUCAACAGUUCGAAAAAACAACAUUAUACAGCGUCCUGCCCAAAUGCAGUCAAAUAAGCCAAAUAAAAUCGACAUUCAAAAAAUAAUCAAUCUAGUGAAAGCCAGACAGAAGUUGUUUGGACUAAAAAAGAAGUUAACAGCUACCCAAACUAUGAAGAAACACCACACUAUGACCGGCAUUUCGAAAUCCCCACUGGGAGGAAGGAGCCAAAUCCCCAACAGAUCGGUAAUGAAACCAAUAGCAUCGACAAAACAUGAACCCAUGCCGACUCUGAGAUCAUCUGCACCAAUUUAUACAAACUCGGAAAGACUAGAGCAUUUUCAAAAUAAACGUUAUCAAUUAUUGCUUCAUUUAAUGAAAAAUAGACGGCUCAAAAACAAUCAUAUGAUGACCAAUGUGCCGAACAUACGUUCAAACCUGAGGCCAUCCCACAUCAACAGCGUCGCCAGACCGGCACAACGAACAAUUGGUCAUUCGUCAGUGAACACUGAUAGACAUAGGUUUAUUCCAAAGCUUAACUCUGCUCACAGAUCAAGUGUAGUGAGACCUAUCCCUCUAUCGACGAUACACCAAUGGCCAUUCUCAGCACCUGUUGCAAGCCAGCAUUCGUCUAUGAAUACCCAACAUUUCCUGCCCAGACAUAGAGUAUGGCCUCAAAACCAAAUACAACAUUGAAAAACUGAGAUUAUGUCACCAGUCAUGUUUUCAUAUGAAUGGAAGAUCUUCAAACCAAUACGGAAAACUUUAAAAAAUUACAAAAGUUUAAAUAAAUAUUUCCGUCCAAAGUUGCCAGGCUAUCCAGCGUCGAUUUGUAAGCAUAAUCUGACGUUCUUUCAGUUAUGUUGUUUGCAUAUGAGGACAUUUUGAACAAAAUGGCGCCAAAAGAACUUUCAUUUUUAAAAAUGUAUUUUUUUUCUGAUUCACCUUUAACAAACUUUUCUAACUGACUAUCAAGUAAAAAUAAUACAUAAAUAGAAAUGGCGCCGGACACAUCCUGUAAAAUUAUGAAAACAACUUCGACGAAGAAAAGUAGACUUUUUUCUGGACUCAUGUUUCCAACCCAUACGUUUGGUCACAAAUAGAAGUGUUCAUAAUAUGGAAUUUGAUCAAUAGAUAUCUUACAUUGAACAAGUUGUUUACGAACUUGUAGCAUAACUAUUGUACAGGCUUGAUAAAUUGUUACAAUAGACGACAUUAUAUUUAGAUGUGUAUCAUUGUAUAUAUUGUUAUUACAUUAGGCAAGGGAAAAGAAGAUCACUCACAGGUGAUCGCUCUGUUAUCAGAAAAGUAUGAGUAACUCCAUUAAGUAUUAUCUACUAGUAUUCAAUGAUGAGUCAAUUAUGCUUUAAACAAAUUGAUUAGGAGAUGGUUAAUAUGUGUUCCUGAUUUUGUCAACCUGAUCAUUUAUUUAUUUUCCGUUGCUAUUAAGAUUUUAUUUAAAAGUGAGUGUGAAAGUGUGAACGUUUUGUUAUAUGAUUUUAAUAAACAAUAAUAUCUGUACUUUU